GAGAAUGCAGUGACUGAAAGUUAAGUAGUACUGCAAUAUCCUUAUCUCAUCUGAACUAUGUUUGAACAGAGAAGUGCUUAAAUGUCUACGGCAGGCGUACAUAUCUAUGUACAUACAUACAUAUAUUAACAGAGAAGACGUUAAAAGCGAUUUAGUAGCACUGAGGAUGCGAAACUGAACAGAUUUGUGAAAAAUAAUUUUUACCGUUAGCAAAAGUGUUUGUCCGCCACAAUCCAAAAAAUAUAUAAUAAUACUCGUAAUUAGAAAUUCUAAAAACUCAAAGUCAACUACUCAGUGAAAACAAUUAAAAUCGAAAAUGGUUGGAACGGAGGUGAAAGCACCAUCACCUUCACAAAACGGGACUGCCAUGCAGCAAUCUCUAGGAACCAUCGGCCAUUCCGAGAAGGGCAGUGCAAAACCACUCUCACCUUCAGAAUAUUCAAAUGAUGACAGAGUUUCUACGAUAUCCGAGAAGAGAACUAUAAUUGAACCGGCUGUAUUUCUAAUAUAUAUUUCCACAACAAUUGCUGGGGCCGUCUUGCAAAAUCAACUACUUUUUCAAACCUGCGUCGCUGUUUACGACUACGAUAAAGAUGUUUGUGAGCCACUGCUGGGAGUUAAAGCGAAAAAUGAUGAUGCGAUUACCACAGACCACAGUUACAAAUAG